CGUCUCUCUGCGUGUUCUCGAUUCCGUUGAGAAACAAUUGCGUGUAGCCCAACAGUAACACAACGAGCUGUAUGCUUAAAUACCUUGCGGGCACGUCUAAGUUAUUCUCGUUGGGUUUUUUAAAACAUAAGGACAGAAUAUACUUGAGUCAUUUCAGUAUGUGCGUAAGGAUCGUGCUUCAAACGAAAUCGCUCUUUCUGCUGGUGACUCUGAGUCUUACUUUGAUUGUCACGCGUUGUCAGGAUGAUGGAACUGCACAAAGAGGAGGAGAGUCAGAAUCAGAGAGAGAGUUCGUCCCUUUCAACAGCAAACACGAGCCACCAGCUGACAUCCAACAGCUCACUACAGACGCAGUGCCAAACAUCCCCAACCUGAGACUGCUCAAACUCCACUCCACUGUGCCAACCUUCUCUACCUCUUCAUCAAACACUGAACUUUCACAAUUGGUGCCUCAUGAAGAAGAUCUCGCCACCACGGUGACCAUGACUGCUACCACGGUGACCACUCCAGUUAUGACAGUCAUGCCCACAUCUGUGGAGCAAAGAAGACCCAGCAAGAUGCACAUUAGAACAUCAGAGAAGAUGCUGGUCACCUCUCAUCCACUAACAAACCCUACCAUUCCAACUUUCACUGCUCAAAAGACAAUUCUCACCACUGUAAUAGACAGCCUUUCGGAUCAGAGAGUGGUCAGCAAGGAAAAUACUUCGCCACCACCAUCUUUGUCAACUUCUCCUAAAAUGGAACCACAGAGGCCGGAUGGAAAAACCACACCAGGAUACUCUUCUGAAACAUCAGCAGCUCAGUGCAAUAUGAACUUCACAGAAGCCGAGGGUUAUAUAGAGAUGCCCCCUGAUGUCUCAUUUGAUUCCCAUGUACAUUGCACCUGUCUGGUUACUGUAUAUCUGGGUUAUGGAGUUGAGAUUCAGGUGCUGAAUGUGAGCUUGGAGGAUGGAAUAAAGGUAGUCUUGGAGGAUCUGGGUGGUCCUUUGCCCUCAGUCCUGGCCAACAGCUCUGUGUUAUCUAGAGGCCUGGUGCUGCGGAGCUCUAGUAACCAGAUCUCUGUGCAGUUCAGCAUGGAACAGGCCAAUCGGCCUGGUUCCUUACUCCUGCGGUACCGAGCAUUUGCUCUCAGUUGCGCUUCUCCUCUGGCUCCUGAUAAUGGUGAUGUAUCAGUCAGUGGUCUCCAGGUGGGAGGCGUAGCCUAUUUCUCCUGUCUAAAUGGCUAUCAGCUCCUGGGCCCCACUUCCCUCACCUGCCAAAAUGCCACAACACCCUACUGGAGUGGCAGAAAGCCCAGGUGUCAAGUUGUUUGUGGUGGGAUGUUGAGAAAUGCCACUCAGGGUCGUAUCGUCUCUCCCGGGUUUCCAGGAAACUACAGCAACAAUCUGACAUGCCACUGGGUGCUGGAGGCCCCGGAGGGCUAUUGGCUCCACGUUCACUUUGAGAAAGUGGCUCUGGCUGAGGAUGAUGACAGACUGUUGAUAAAGGAUGGCAGUAACAUUGACUCUCCGCCCCUGUAUGACUCAUAUGCAGUGGAGUAUCUGCCCACUGAGGGUGUGAUCAGCACCACUAGGUAUCUGUUUGUGGAGUUCACCAGUGAUGAGACGGGCACGUGCACUGGCGCUGCCAUCCAAUAUGAAGCAUUUUCACAGGGCAGCUGUUACGAGCCAUUUGUGAAAUACGGAAAUUUCUCCACAAGUGAUCCAGCGUUUGGAGUUGGUUCUGUGGUGGAGUUCUCGUGUGAGCUGGGUUACACACUGGAGCAGGGCGCUGUUAUCUUACAAUGCAUAAACCCUGAAAAUCCCCAAUGGAACGAGACAGAACCAGCCUGCCGAGCUGUGUGCAGUGGAGAAAUAACAGAUUCAGCAGGUGUGGUGCUUUCUCCAAACUGGCCUGAAGCAUAUGACAAAGGUCAAGACUGUAUCUGGGGUCUGCACGGGGAUGAGGACAAGAGAUUCAAGCUGGAAGUCAAUGUUCUUCGUCUGGGGAAGAAUGACCUGCUGACCUUUUAUGAUGGUGAUGACCUGACAGCCAACAUCCUGGGCCAGUACAGCGGCUUUCUCUCUCAUUUCAGACUCUACACCUCUACGGCUGAUGUGACCAUCCAGUUUCAGUCUGAUCCAGCCUCCAAUGUCUACGGCUACAACAACGGCUUUAUGGUGCAUUUCUUUGAGGUACCACUCAACGAUACCUGUGCAGAGCUGCCAGAAAUUCCCAAUGGCUGGAAGAGCACGUCCCAUCCUCAACUGACCCACGGAACGGUGGUCAUCUACCAGUGUUACCCAGGGUUCCAGCAGCAUGGUUCUGAGAUCAUGAUGUGCCAGUGGGAUCUAACAUGGAGUGGAGACGUACCCAUCUGUGAGAAAAUCAUGUCAUGCGAGGAUCCUGGGCUGGUGGAGAACAGUCGCAGACGGGUGACAGGCUCUCUUUAUGCUGUGGGAUCUUCAGUGGAGUACAUCUGUAAUAAAGGAUACUCACUUUCUGGCCCUGGAGUGCUCACCUGCUACAGCAGAGAUACUGCAGACCCAAAGUGGAGUGAAAGACUGCCCAAGUGUGUCCCUGAGAGAUAUGAGCCCUGCAGUAAUCCCGGCGCACCCUCUACGGCCAUCCAGAGUUCAGAAAAAGCUUUCUUCCAGGCAGGAGAGACACUGAGUUUUACCUGCCGUUCAGGAUAUGAACUUCAGGGUGAAGCGACUAUCCACUGUCUCCCUGGACAUCCCUCUCAAUGGAGCGGUGCGCCCCCUAUGUGCCAAGCCUCCUCUGGAAACUUUGAUGAACACAAACUGAAUGCUACCAGUGCAGAAUUCAGUGUGGAGGGUGUCAAUAUUGCCAUUGCAGUUCUAAUUCCUGUAGCACUGGUGCUGAUGUUGCUCCUAGCUGUUUUUCUCUGCCUCUCAAUAGCUCAGAGCAAGACCCUUCAGCUCCCUGGGUCUUCCUCUCCAUUGUAUGACAACAUGAUUGAGGAAUCUGCUUUUGAUAACCCCGUUUAUGAGACAGAAGAUGCAAGGCAAUACGAGGUGUGUAUGUAGAAUCCAUCUGUCUUUUGGAACCACUCCUCGACAAUAUCUCUACAUUCCUUUUCUCUGCUGGGCUCCAGUAAAUGUGUUUGUCUCUAGAGGACCUCUCCCAGCACAGUAAAGAUGGUGGACAAUAUGGUGUUUAUAUGCUGUAGCACUUCAGAGGCUGAGGCCUGUCUUGUACUUUCUUUGUCUGGUAACCAGUGGUGUAGUGGUGCCUGGAAAAGUGGGUAUACUCUUAAUUUAUGCCCCACAUUUUUUUUAAAGUGGCCCAGCAAAGGAUGAACACCCUGUGUUAUAAACAGUGACAUGUAAGACUAGUCUUGCAUAUUUAGUUCACCCCAAAAUGGACCAAUAGUAUUUGCACACAGUCACAUAACUUCUGCUGCUUGACUUCACGGAGUAAGGAUUGUUAUGAUAUUAAUAUUAGCCACAGAAGAGGUGCAGAUUUUGCAAUCAAUACUGACCCAAAGACUAUAGGAAGAGAGAACUACAUAAUUAUGAAUUUUGCAUGAACUAUUCCUUAUUCCAUCCACACAUGAAAAUUGGACAACUAUUAACCUUGCAGGUAGUCUACGGCAGUUUUUACUGGGUGUUUUUUGGGUAUAUUUGCAUUUAUUUACAUGCGAUUGCAGUGUUUCCCACAGGAUUUUGUGAGACUAUGGGGGUGGACCUCCGACCCUCUAGAGGGGUUUGGGGGCAUGCUCCCCCAUAAUAAUUUUGCACUUUGAGAGCAAAAUAAAGAGGCUAGUGUUGUGCUCUUGUAAGCAGUGUUGUGCUCUUAAAUCUGUAGUAUGCAACUUUGAAAUAAACUGAAUUGAGAAACAGCGCCCCAAAUUCUUCCUCAUAUACAUGAUGCUCUUCACCCCCAGCCAGGGUUUAAUUGACAGCUGUUCACAAACAGAGGCCUGCCUCACCAAAAGCGAUUGGCUAAAAUUUGCUGGAUUGGCACUACCCGACCCACAUUUUUCACUCAGAGCUAGAGUCUGUGGUGCUAACUAAUCUCUCACAGGGCCUCUUUUAACAAGACACCAUGUUUAUAGAUUGUUUGUAGAUUGUUUUAGAAAACAAUUUUUUCAAUGAAUAAAUUCUACCUACUGUAGCUUUAAAAAUGUCAUGCCCUAACCAUUCUGAAAAGCAGGGUACAAACUAGGGAUGUCAGUUUCAGCUUUUUAUCUUUGCUAAUGCUAAUGCUAGCUAGCUAGUGAAGCCGUAAGCAGUGUAACGAUGUGCCAAUUAACCUAGUAACGCUAACGUUAAUUUAUGUUAAUCAUCAUGAUUGUAACUUCAGCAGUAAUAUUAUCUGUUUGCGCUUGUACACUGAUGUGUCGAAUAGUGUAUAAAUGCAGUGGAUACAUUUAAUGUUAGUUAACAAUCCUCACCGAUCAUGUUGAAGAAAUAAUCGUCAUUGAUAGUACAUUUUUGUUUUCACUCGCCAGAUGUUUGAACUCAUGUAAGCACAAUGUAACUAAAAAAUAUAUUAAGCAAACUGAGAGAGGGGGCCUCUUCAUAUAUAUUUACACAAUAUAGUAUAUUGUAAUUUUAAUUUGAUUUUGCUUUAAAAUUUUAAUCACAUUUUAGCAUUUUAAAGCAUUUACAAAUUUCACAUUCUAUCAAUUUUUAUGAUGUCAUGAAAUCGCAUUUUUACUAAUGAGACAAGCUGUUGUCACUGUUUGAAAUUUCAUACAUAUUAUUAACAAAACAAUUCACAAGAUGGGAACCUAAUAAUGAAAAUUAGGGGCUGACAAUUAAUUGUCAAACAAAUAAUUGUGAUUAUGAUGAUUAAUUGCUUGUUUUAGGUGUUUCACGAAUAUGACGAUUAAUUAACAUAACAAACUCACUAUGACCUGCAGCCAACCUGUAUAUUGUAUUGUAUUGUGCAAUAGUAAAAUAUUUCUGCCUUAAAUUCUUCACUUUCAUACAUUAUUUUAAGGCUCUCUGAUUAACUCACAAGCCCUUAUUUCUCAUGAAGGAAGACUUAGAGUUUGUGUUUCUUGCAUUUGAUCAUCUCCACAGAAAUAGAGCAGGACUGUCUCACUGCUGCACUGAGUGAAUAAACCCCAUUUGCAUUACAUGGCCGUUAAUUGAAACUGGAGUCCUUUGCGUUCACAAAAUGAAUAAGUUUAUACCUCGUUUAUUUUUCACGAGAGUUUGGCGAAAGUCUCUGUAGACGGCGUCACAUCAGAACGCUUGAGAAGUGAUUCAGCUUCACAACUGAAUGACACAAGUGCUUUUUCCCGCGCUCAUCAGACAGCAUGCAAGGAAAGACAAGGCUGAAUCCAGCUUCAACUGUUUGCAUUCAGUAAAAGGGACUCGGUGUUCGAAACUACACAACUCAAUCACCGGCGAGUGAAAUGUUCAUUUAAUUAUUGAAAGUGCGGCAUCAUUUUAUUAUGCCUCACUUUACUUGUUGACAGUGGCUAAUAGACAUUUUUUGGUCGCACAGUGAGAAAUUUACUUGCAUAUGUGAGUGAUUUAUUCGCAAUGUAGAAGGCUGAGUUAACGUUACCUCAAAGAUUUGUCGUCGUCCUCAACCAAAUAUCAGACGGAAUACUCCAGUGUAGAUAUCUGCGAGCGCGUGAGUUUACAGCAACGGGUGAGGAACUGACUGGCGCGCGCGACAGAGCGCAAAACGCAGCCUUUUAUUUUAUGUUAUUGUGAGUGCAAAAUUAUUUUAGAUGAGAAGUGUAAAAAUGUUUUCGGUUCAUUAUGAGACCGUGGCUGGGCAAAUUAGAUUAGUCAAUUAAUGGGAAACACUGCGAUUGGAUUAGCUACUCAUGUGCUGGACUGUCAUGUUUUUGGCUAUUGCAGGACACUACUGAAUGAUGCGCAUCAGAGGGGAUUUAGAAGUGGGUAUACGCAAUGCAGACCUAUAAAGAAGUGGGUAUACGCCGUAUACCCGCCACUACAUCCCUGCUGGUAACCCCUUAAGGCUCACACUUUGAGGUUGGAUGAGUCAUUUAGGUAUUUUAUUUAAUUUUUUCACAUUGAGGGACAAUAAAGGCGAAAACUGUUUUCACCCACAUGCAGCAAAACUCAUGAGAUUCAGGUGGGUGAGUGGCUGAAGAAUGGUGCUUCAAUUUAAUUUCAGAAUGAGCCCUGAUCAUGGUGUUUAAGACCUUUUCUCUGUUCAUGUAUAACAC